GAGCCAAAGCCAGGUAACCAAGAAAAAACGAGACAGCGAGAAAAGCCUUCAGGGCUUGUUAUGGGGUUAGCGUGAGACGAACCAGGACUUUUUUCUGCCUUCUUUACCAGUCAAACCAGUAACUCUGGAUAGAGAGCACACAAGUACUGCAACAGUUUUUACCCUUGUGGUCCCUGAUGGCUUCGCACAGUGAUACUCUGGUGGUGUUCUUUGGGGCAACAGCUGGUGCAAAUGGGGGUAAACUGGGGUCGGAUGAAAGGGAAUUAAUUCUCUUGGUGUGGCAAAUUGUGGAUCUACAUGAGAAUAAGGUGGGCAAGCUGCAGCGGACUCUAGUACAGCCGGACAGUGCGGAUCUGUCGGAGCAGUGCAAGGAAGAGACCGGGCUCACGGCGGAGGAGCUGUGCAAGGCCGAGCCCCUGGAGAGCAUCCUGCAAAAGUUUCAUCAGUCGGUGUCAGCUGAACUGAAGUCUCUGGGCAGAAGCUCCUACACGCUGUGUGUGGACGGACCACUGCUUAUCCGACAGGUGCUGCACCCUGAGGCCUCCAAAAAGAAUCUAGUCCUGCCAGAGUGCUUCUACACAUUUGUGGACUUGAAGAAAGAGUUUCACAAAUGCUGCCCAAAUGCAGGCCCUGUCAAAGAUCUCACUCUGACCUCCAUGCUGGACUAUGUGUGUAUUCCAGCGGCGGUGGAGCAGGAGGCCGGACUGAGGGAGGUGAAGAACACGGUUCUGCUAAUUCUACAUCUCCUGGUUGAGCCUUACAAUCACAAAUUCUCCACUUUUGAGACUGUAAACUACAAGUUUGAAUCCGGAGCAUGCAGUAAGACAGAAGCUGUGGACAUUGAGACGGUCAUCAGAGCUCGUGGGUUGCCAUGGCAGUCGUCUGAUCAGGACAUCGCUCGCUUCUUCAAGGGCCUCAACAUUGCCAAAGGUGGCGUUGCGCUGUGUUUAAAUGCUCAGGGCCGGAGGAACGGAGAAGCUCUGGUGCGCUUCAUAAACUCUGAGCACAGAGACAUGGCACUGGAUCGACAUAAACACCACAUGGGCAACAGAUACAUUGAAGUGUAUAAAGCGACUGGGGAGGAAUUUCUAAAGAUUGCAGGAGGCACAUCCAAUGAGGUAGCUCAGUUUCUUUCUAAGGAGAACCAAGUGAUAAUCCGAAUGCGUGGGCUUCCGUUCACUGCUACCCCUCAGGAUGUUCUGGGCUUCCUGGGCCCGGACAGCCCAGUGACUGAUGGGACGGAGGGGCUUCUGUUUGUGAAGUACCCAGACGGACGUCCCACAGGCGAUGCGUUUGUUCUCUUUGCCUGUGAGGAAUAUGCCCAGAAUGCCCUGAAGAAGCACAAACAGAUCCUGGGCAAGAGAUAUAUUGAGCUGUUCCGCAGUACUGCAGCUGAGGUCCAACAGGUUUUGAAUCGCUAUAUGUCCACUCCAUUGAUCUCCACACUUCCUCCUCCUCCGCCUCCGAUGGUAUCUGUGCCUGUGUUAGCCACGCCACCCUUCAUCACCACCGGCAGCAUGCGAGACUGCAUCAGGCUGAGAGGUCUGCCAUACACCGCCGCCAUCGAGGACAUCCUGGAGUUUAUGGGAGAACACACCAUUGAUAUCAAACCACAUGGGGUGCACAUGGUCCUUAACCAACAGGGUCGACCCUCUGGUGAUGCCUUCAUUCAGAUGAAGUCAGCUGACCGUGCUUUUAUGGUGGCUCAGAAGUGCCACAAGAAGAUGAUGAAGGACCGUUACGUGGAGGUGUUCCAGUGCUCCACUGAGGAGAUGAGCUUUGUGCUGAUGGGGGGAACGCUUAACCGCAGCGGCCUCUCGCCACCUCCUUGCAAACUGCCCUGUCUCUCUCCACCAACAUAUGCUGCAUUUCCUGCAACUCCAGCUAUGCUUCCCACUGAGGCAGCGUUGUAUCAGCCCCCCCUGCUGGCCACUCCAAGAACUCCACAGGCCCCAGCACAUAACCCUGCACCUGCUUUAGCCUACUACUCUCCACAGCUUUACAUGAACAUGAACAUGAGCUACACCACCUACUACCCUAGUCCACCGGUCUCUCCCUCCACGAUGAGUUAUUUUGCGGCCCCGCCGGGUUCAGUAGCAGCAGCUGUGGCCGCCCAGCAGGCCCCUGCAAUCCUCCCCCCUCAGCCCGGGGCACUGGUGCGAAUGCAGGGUCUGCCGUACAACGCUGGGGUCAAAGACAUCCUCAGCUUCUUUCAGGGAUAUCAGCUCCAGGCGGACUCUGUGCUCAUGCUGUAUAACUGGAGUGGUCAGCGUAGUGGGGAGGCGCUGGUGACCUUCCCCAGUGAGAAAGCAGCCAGACAGGCUGUAGCCGAAUGCUCCAAUCUUCCCCUCUCCAGCCACCCCAUCCGCCUGGUCUGCUGCGAGUGACCCCACACAGACCGCUACACCACCUGAGGGAGGACCGCACUUCACCUGUCUUUUGGCUUUCCAGACAGUUGUUCUUGACACAAAGUAGGACGGGACCUGACACAGAAGCACUGUAUAUAUGUUUAUAUACACACGUUUAACCAUCUCCGUGUGUGUGUGUGUGUGUGUGUGUGUGUGUGUGUGUGUGUAAUUGAGAUCAGUGGCAUGCAUGCUAAACUCUUCCUGUGGCUUUUGAUGUCAAGAUCUCUUCUGUCCUAUUUCAAGACUUAAAGUAAACUUAUAAUAUUGCAAGCCAUCAGGUUAUGGAACAAGAGAUCUUCCUGUUGUUAUAAACACAGCUGGGCAGUCCAGUUAGGCGUUACACUAGGGAACCAAAGUGCAAUGCAAUACUUACUUGCCUUUCUGGAUAAAAGAAUAUUUUGAAAUAGUGAGAUUGUAAGAAGCCAAAUAUAUUCUUUAAGACUGUUAUGCUGCACAUAGGAUUAAAAAAGGGCAUAAUGGUUUUUCCCAUUAUACCUCUGCACUGUUUGGACUUACAGCCUUCAGACUUAUUCCUUAUUUAAUAGAGAAGUAUGUACUCCAUAGACUUGCAUGAACUGAUUUUUAGUUUAGUCCAUUUGAAAAGUGACAUUUUUUAUUUAAAGUAAAAGAUGAGUUGUUUGUGUGAUCUACAUUCAUUAAUGCUUGUUUAUAUGAAUUGCAUCGAUAGAGGUGUGUAUUCUGUUGCCCCCAGAGUCCUGUGAGAAUGUGUAGUCUGAACUGUGCCGAGGUCUUACCUUGUUUUGGACUUUAUAAUGUUUUGGAAAUGCGGUCUACGCAUGUUCUUUUCUACUGCUACCAGGCUGCUUGAAUCAUGAGCGUCAUUUCCCCCCCAUGACUACAUUACCUGGAGUGCAAUACAAGGCUGAACAAAAUGUCACACCUCUCUAGUGAAAGAAGGGGCCUUUUUUUCCCUAAAAUGUAUGAAAUGUAUAAACAUGAGUGUAUAAAAUGUGACUCUUAGAUGCAACAAAUAAAUUGAUAUUUCUCUGACAUCAUGUCAAAGUA